UAUUGACAGUUUAUAGAAAAUUGUAGAAGGAGAAUUUAUUUCAAUUAAUUGUAUUAGGCGAAACACAUCAUUUUUAUAUUUUUAAAUAUUUAUGUUUUAAGGUCUGUGAAAAGUAGCAAGAAUUGUUACUUAAAAUGGAUUUUGGAACUCUUCUCCAUGUAGCUAAGAAAAAUAGCGAAAAUGUGCAAAGUAGUAGUAACAAAUUUUAUAGCACAAAAUUUGCUCCGCCGAAAAAAGAGUCAAAAGUUGAAAAAAAACUUUCAGACAACAUAAAAAAGUUUCUGGAGAAAAAAGAAAAAGAAGAACGUGAGAAGGCAAAAGCAGAUAAGGAAAAAUUAAAUAAUUUAUUGGCAAUGAGAGACGAGAAAUCCAAGAACAAAAUUAGGAAGAUGUUAAAAGUUACAAAGUCUGCUAAUAGAUCUGUUUUGGAUGAUGUAGAUCCAAGUGCUUCAACUGUAAUUGAAGAUGGACUUAUUCAACCAGAUGAGGACGACUAUGGUUACGUUUCUAAUACCGCAGCUGAGCUUUUUAAAAAAUAUGUUGACAAAGUAGGUCAGUUACCUGAAGAAAAAAAAUUUUCUGCGAGUAGACCAGCUACCAUUAAAGAUCUAUCUAGUACUAAAGACAGGGUUAAAGCAGCAAUUAUCAAAGAGCAAGAGGAGAAAUCCGGAAAAUCUAAAACCAGUACAAGUGCCAGCAGCAGUACUAAUAGUGGUAGUAGUAGUAAUUUUAGUAGCAACAAACCUCAAUCUGUAACAGUACAGAAUGGUGAUGUCAGAAAAUCGCGAAAAGAUAUAUACGAUCCUAGCGCUGAAAGAGAGGCUGAAGAGCAAAGGAAGAAAGAUGAAUUGGCAAAAAAAGCUAAAUUAAAGAAUAAUCGCCCCGCCCCGCCACCUUUAGACUUUCAAGAAUUACUAAAAUUAGCUGAAAAAAAACAGUUUGAACCCGUGGAAUUAAAAGUAGAUGAGGCGAAAAAGGAACCGGAAAGACUUUUAACAAAAAAAGAAAGGCAAGAAUUCGAAGAACGUAAGAAGUAUUUGGAAGAAAAAGAACGAAGAAAAAAAUUAGCUGAACAAAGUGGAACUGAUUCUGCUCAGCGGCCCAAAAUGCAACCAAACGGUAAGAUUCCAAAAAUUAAUAGUGAAACAAGUAAUUCUAUUCCAAAACUCAACAAGUCAAGCAUUCAAGAUAAAAAACCACAAAAAGACCCUUUGCCAAAAUCUAAUACAAGUAUAACUACUAAACCAAAAUCUUUAAAUAACGGACAGUUUAAUGGACAACGUGAUUUAAAGGAAUCACAAAUAAAGUCAUCGAAAGAUAUAAAAUCUUCAUCAAGCACUAGUAGAUCAAGUGAAUUAAAUAGCAACGCGUCAAGAAAUAAUAGUUCAACGUCUUCAUCGUCUUCCAAAACUGGGAUUAAACCCAGUACAACUAAUACAGCGUAUAAGUCUAGUGGUAACUCUUUAUCAAAUAACGUAAAAUCAAGUAACAAUAAUAUGGGAAAAGAAUUACUUCCUAAAGACAAGAAGUUACCAUCAACAAAAGAUACCAAAACUAGAGAAUUUCCUCCAAAAGAUAUACAAAAAACAAGAGAAUUUCCUCCAAAAGAUGUUCAAAAGACAAGGCAAUUUCCUCCACCCGAUGUGAGAAGAUCCAAACCCGAGAAGAAACCAUUGAAAAGAAGAAUAUUAGAUGAUGAUGAUGAAGAAUAUGAUUCUGAAAUGGAUGAUUUCAUUGACGACGGCCCUGAAGAAACAUAUGGCGGUGGUUAUUCGAAAUAUAUUAAAGAAAUAUUUGGUUACGAUAAAUCACGGUAUCGAGAUGAAGAAUUUGAUGAUAAUGAAAUGGAAUCUAGUUUUGCACAACAAAUGCGUGAAGAAACAAUCAGUAGGAAAAUAGGUUUAAUGGAAGAUUUAGAAGAUAUGAAGAAAGAAGCGGAAGAGAAAAAGCGUAAAUUUGAUAAAAUGAAGAAAAUGAGACAUAAAUGAAAGUUAUUGAAUUUGAAAAUUUUGGCUGUUUAUAUUGAAUUAUUAAUUGUAAUAUUAUUCAUUUUAAUAUUAAUUUUAUUUAAUUUUUUUGCAAAUAUGCCCCAUACCAUUUUCACAAAAAAAUGGCAGUACCUUCAGAUAGAUUUAUGUUAUGCAUUUAAUAAAUAUGGUCUAAAAUCUAAAUUUAAAUAAUAGUGGCAUUAUUCACAAAAAUUUUAUUUUAUUUUAAAAUAACUGAAAAACAUUUGAACUAAAAUUAAAAGAAACUAAAAUAACAAAUAGUUAUUUUACACAUUCCCAAUUAUAAUUAAAAUAAUGUCACAAAUUGAAGAUAAAAUUAAAUAUAAUCAUGAAAUGAUAGCAUUCAUGGGGCAAUAAAAUGCAGUAAAUUAUUAAAAAUUUAAUUUUUUUUUUCUAUUUUAAAAUUUUUUUGUUUAAAAUUUUUUUACGAUUAUGAUUUCCUUAGUAUAAAUUUUUUUCUUUUUUAUUUUAUUUUAUACUAAAUUAAUAUACAUACUUGAGGAAUUGUAAAAAGAUGUUUGAACAAAAUUAUUGAAACAGUCAUGAUAGUUAUUUAUCUUAUAUGAAUUUAAAAUUAAUGUAUAAGAACACAUGUAGACAUGCACAUAUUUAUACAUAAUAUUUACAUAUAUAUGUAUGCUAAUCACAAAUAUA